GCCAUUUCAUUGAGACCCGCCCGCGAUAAUAGUACAAAAAUAAAGCUUCUUCUCUGAGAGCUCCAAUUGAUCAAAUAGUGGCCUAAUAACGGAGUGUAUGAGUACAAGAUUCUCCAUAGUGCCUACCCCAAACUAAAAUAAAUACCACUGGAACGUUAGUCUGAUAAUGCUCUCGUGGCUGUUAGAAUUGGCCAAAACAUCUAGCAAGACGUUCGAAGCUAUCUCCUCUGAAGGCUCUGAAAACCAAGUUAUGGCGAAAGUAACACCGAGACAUAUACUUAAGCUCUCGCGGGAGGAAAAACGCAAGUUCAUAGAUUCCUUCGACCAGAUUUAUUCAGAUUGCGAUGGAGUUCUUUGGACUCUAAUGGACCCGAUCAAAGACUCUGGUGCUGCUGUAAAACUACUUAAGAAUGAAGGAAAGAAAAUCACAUUUGUCACAAACAAUUCAAUCAGAUCUGAAAAGGGCUAUCUAGAACAGUUCAAGCAAGCUGGAAUCGAGACUGAUAUCGAUAAUCUUGUGCAUCCUCACAAGUCAAUAUUAUUGUAUCUGAAGAAAAUAGAAUUCAAAGGAUUGAUUUAUGUCAUAGGCAUGACAAGAUUAAAAACAAUACUAAAAGAAGCUGGGUUCGAGGUCAUCGAUGGGCCAAAUGAACUGAUUGAGGAAAACUUCGCAGUGCUCAUGAUGAAAAUUUUCGAAAAGUAUCCGGUUAAAGCUGUAGUUAUAGACGUUGACUUCAAUCUUUCUGCCUUAAAGCUGAUGAAAGCUGACCAAUUUCUGAGGAAAGACGACUGCAUUCUAAUUUCAGGAGCAACAGACAUGACAUUGCCUGUAGGAAAAUUUGGGACUAUUAUGGGCCCAGGACCCUUUCUAAAAGUACUUGAGGAAGCUGCUGGUAAAAAGGCAAAAGUUGUUGGUAAACCCGGAAAAGAACUUGCAGAACUGAUUAUGCAAGAUGAAUCGAUAAAGGAUUCCAAACGAGUGCUGUUCAUAGGAGAUAUGCUCGAACAGGAUGUGAAAUUUGGUCGAAAAUGUGGUUUCCAAACAUUAUUAACAUUAACAGGUGGAACUACUAGUGCAGAUCUACUAAAAGCCACAGAUCCUGAGCUAAUACCGGACUAUUACGCAGAUAGUUUAGGUGAUUUUAUUGAAUUUUUCGGGAGUUUAGAGUGUAAAAAUUCACUUUUAGUGAUUAAAGAUUCUUUCUUGUUUUCAAAAAAUUCAACUAUUAAAAUGCCCGAGAGAAAGCUAAAAAAUAUCUUGGAACUUACCAGAGACGAGAAAAGGGACUUCAUCAACUCCUUUGAUACAGUGCUCUGUGACUGUGAUGGAGUGAUGUGGGAGUUAACUGGACCGAUCCGCGGGUCAGGAGACGGUGCCAAUAGUCUCCAAGAAGCUGGAAAGGAUAUUUAUUUUGUAACGAAUAAUAGUAAUAAUACGGACGAGGUGUACAUUAAGAAAUUCAUGGACAUUGGAUUUGAAUUGGAUUUGAAUCACAUUAUCCAUCCUGUUCGAACGAUGAUCAGCUACUUGAAAAAACAACAUUUCAACGGAGUCAUAUAUUGCAUCACCGCCAAAGCUGUUGAAAAUGCCUUAAAGAAAGCUGGCUUCCGAGUUCUGAGUGGGCCAAGAGAAGAAAGCAAGGACAUCUUACAGUUCCUUGAUGACAUUUUGGACGAUGAACCAGUACGGGCUGUUAUUAUAGAUUUUGAUGUAACCAUCUCGAAUGCAAAACUGGCACGUGCUCAACUUUACCUGAAGAAUCCAGACUGUCUUCUGAUUGCAGGAGCAACAGAUAAAACCAUUCCACUGAGAAAGGACGUCAGUGUUAUAGGUCCUGGCUACUAUAUCGACAUCCUAUCGGAAGUCAGCGGGAAAAAACCAAUCGUACUAGGCAAACCUGGUCACGAACUUGGACAUAUUGUCCGAGAAACGUGUGGGAUCAAGGAUCCAAAACGGGCUCUCUUCAUUGGUGACGCUUUAGAACAAGACAUCGGGUUCGGAAUGAAAUGCGGUUUCCAGACAUUGUCGGUCUUAUCAGGGAUCUCAAGCAAAGCCGACGUUGAAGAACACCAUGCCGAACAUGGCGCCCCUAACUAUUAUGCAAAUAGCAUAUCGGAUUUUGUGAAAUUUUUCAAAGAAGUUUAAGUUAAACUAUCGUUAAGCAUGGUUACUCUAAGUAUUUAAGGAAAUUGAUUACUAUUUGUAUAGAAAGAAAGAUAUUUAUUUAGAAAAAAAGGCGUAGAAUAGCGAAAGAUAUUAUUUAUAUAGCAUAUGUACAAAUGAAUGAAGGAAUCAUUCGCACAAUAAUUAAGUGUAAGACACACAACAUCACAAUAAAUGUCAAUUUUGAAU